GCGGCUGGCUGCGGCCGACUGAGCGCGCCCACCUGGGAAGGCGGCGGUGUUCACCGGCGUCGUGUGCGGAGGGCCGGACCUGGUGACCGCAGCAGCGCGAUGGCCCCCAUUGGGCUCAAAGCCGUGGUCGGAGAGAAGAUCAUGCAUGAUGUGAUAAAGAAAGUAAAGAAGAAGGGGGAGUGGAAGGUGUUGGUGGUCGAUCAGUUAAGCAUGAGGAUGCUGUCCUCCUGCUGCAAGAUGACGGACAUCAUGACCGAGGGGAUAACAAUUGUAGAAGAUAUCAACAAGCGCAGAGAACCACUCCCCAGCCUGGAGGCUGUGUACCUCAUCACUCCUUCUGAGAAGUCUGUACACUCUCUUAUCAGUGACUUUAAAGACCCACCGACUGCUAAAUACCGGGCUGCUCAUGUCUUCUUCACUGACUCUUGUCCAGAUGCCCUGUUCAAUGAGCUGGUAAAAUCUCGAGCAGCGAAGGUCAUCAAAACUCUGACCGAAAUCAACAUUGCAUUUCUCCCAUAUGAAUCCCAGGUGUAUUCUUUGGACUCUGCUGACUCUUUCCAAAGCUUCUACAGUCCCCAUAAGGCUCAGAUGAAGAAUCCUAUACUAGAGCGCCUGGCAGAGCAGAUCGCAACCCUUUGUGCCACCCUGAAGGAGUACCCAGCCGUGCGGUAUCGGGGGGAAUACAAAGACAAUGCCUUGCUGGCUCAGCUAAUCCAGGACAAGCUUGAUGCCUAUAAAGCUGAUGACCCGACAAUGGGGGAGGGCCCAGACAAGGCACGCUCCCAGCUCCUGAUCCUGGAUCGGGGCUUUGACCCCAGCUCCCCUGUACUUCAUGAACUGACUUUCCAGGCGAUGAGUUACGACCUGCUGCCUAUUGAAAAUGAUGUGUACAAGUACGAGACGAGCGGCAUCGGAGAGGCACGGGUGAAGGAAGUGCUGCUGGACGAGGACGAUGACCUCUGGAUAGCACUGCGUCACAAGCACAUCGCGGAGGUGUCCCAGGAGGUCACCCGUUCUCUGAAAGAUUUUUCUUCUAGCAAGAGAAUGAAUACUGGAGACAAGACCACUAUGCGGGACCUGUCCCAGAUGCUCAAGAAGAUGCCUCAGUACCAGAAAGAGCUCAGCAAGUAUUCCACCCACCUGCACCUUGCUGAGGACUGUAUGAAGCAUUACCAAGGCACCGUAGAUAAACUGUGCCGAGUGGAGCAGGACCUGGCAAUGGGCACAGAUGCUGAAGGGGAGAAGAUCAAGGACCCUAUGAGAGCCAUCGUCCCCAUUCUGCUGGAUGCAAAUGUCACCACUUAUGACAAAAUCCGUAUCAUCCUUCUCUACAUCUUUUUGAAGAAUGGCAUCACUGAGGAAAACUUGAACAAGCUGAUCCAGCAUGCCCAGAUUCCCCCUGAGGACAGUGAGAUCAUCACCAACAUGGCCCACCUCGGCGUGCCCAUCGUCACUGAUUCCACUUUGCGCCGCAGGAGCAAGCCAGAGCGGAAGGAACGCAUUAACGAGCAGACUUACCAGCUCUCACGAUGGACCCCGAUUAUUAAAGAUAUCAUGGAGGAUACUAUUGAGGACAAACUUGAUACCAAGCACUAUCCUUAUAUCUCUACUCGCUCCUCUGCCUCUUUUAGUACCACCGCUGUCAGUGCCCGCUAUGGACACUGGCAUAAGAAUAAGGCCCCUGGGGAGUACCGCAGCGGCCCCCGCCUCAUUAUUUUCAUCCUUGGGGGUGUGAGCCUGAAUGAGAUGCGUUGUGCUUACGAGGUGACUCAAGCCAAUGGAAAGUGGGAAGUGCUCAUAGGAUCCACGCACAUUCUCACCCCACAGAAACUGCUGGACACGCUGAAGAAACUGAAUAAAACAGAUGAAGAAAUAAGCAGUUAAAAAAAAAUAAGCUGCCCCUCCAAACAAUGCACCCUCUCCCGCCAUGUUCCACAGCCCCCCGCUGGCCACCUGGUUACUUUGCUGCCCCUCUCUCCCGCCAGCGCCCCCCACCAACUCUGCACGCCCUAGCUCUCGCCGCUGCUGCCGCUGGUUCUCGUGUUUGAUGACACCCUCUUCUCCUUUGAAACAAAAGAAAAUAAUGCAUUGUGUUUUUUAAAAAGAGUAUCUUAUAUAUGUAUCUCAAAACGAGAAAUUCAUGUGCAGAUGACGCACUGCUGGAGUCAUUUUUGGACUGUUUAGAAUGAAUGGAUACUGUCUCCCUAUUAUUUGUGGCUCUGUGACCUUGUACAUUACCCAAAUCAACAUGUGGAAAUUGCUUGAGUAUGGAAAGGUAGAAGUUUGGAUGUUGUUAAAAACUUGUUUGGGGUUGUCCCUGUUCUUGUUGGGAAUCAUAGAACUGUCUGUGCUCUUGGAGUAUUUCAAACUGAGGAUUAAUCUCUUCUCUUCACUCAAGUUCCUAUCCCUCCGUGCCUGCUUUCCUCCACAUAAGCUUAAACAUGAAGUUCAGGUGACAUCUCGUGGGGCUUGAGGUGAAAUAGACCUUUGUUUUUCCUAGUGACUCAUACUCAGGGUGGUGUGGCUAGGGGUGGGGGCUGGGGUGUUGGGUUCUGGCUGCCGCCCUCUCCCUCCACGGCCUGUCAUGCUCUCUCCCUGGCCCGUUUCCACAGUGUUGUGAUCCUGAAGGAAGUUGUUCUCAGAUCCGUUUGAGUCAUGAUGUCCAGACAAGUGAAAAGCGAGCUCCCAGCCAGAUACCUUAAUCUCUUGGAGAAGCAGUUAGGCUUCAUCCUAUUGAUCAGACUCCUUCCUUCCCAGGCUCACCCCUAACAGGGGUUCUUUUUCUUAGUAGGGUAAGCUGGAUAGAGCUCAAGGGUCAGGAAUGGACUAGAACAGAAUGGGUUCUGGAGCCCCCUGGUCAAAGGGCCCUUUCCUAUAGAGAAGGGUUCUUGGCCCUGAGACUUCAAACUACCCGAAGAAUUGUCCACUGGAUUUAUACAGACACUACCCACCCAGCAAGCAACUUUUGUCUGAUUAUCCCUAGUUUAAGAUACUUCAUAAUACUUUAUUUUGUGUAGUGUGGGGUCAUAUGUUAUUGUGCUUGUAAGAGAAAAAGAUCAUUUUAUGCUCUGUAUAAAAACUUAGCUGUAUAAAACUUAGCUCUAAAGCAAAAAUUAAAGAUGCAAAUGCAGGAAGGAUGUCUUACCAUCCUCAAGACUCAGCAGUGCUCCGUUCUCCGAUAGUGAGCACAGCAUUUGUUCCGCUGCUGUAGUCAUGAAAUAUAAUCACAGUGGAAGUCACAAAAAAUGUCCCCCACCCAGCCCCCUUUCUGGCCUUUAACUCCUGCAGACUGUUUGUAUAUUACUGUCUCGUGAUGUUGUUGCAAACGUGGUGUAUGCUAGUUCAAUGCAGCCUUCUGCCUUCCUUUCAGAAUACGUUCCUCCCCUCCCCGUUAGGUGCAUUGUGAUAUUCUCUUUUCAAGCCUUUGAAAUCUCCCCUUGGCACUCAGAUUAGUUUUCAGGUCUCUCUGUCUUCCUUCUCCCCCUUAAGAUAUCUUAUUUCCCUAGGACAGAACUGUAGAUACUUGCAUUGGUUUUGUUUGUUACUGUUACUGCCUGUUUCAUCCCUUCCCUUUGACCCAGUGAUGCUCAUGCUUCAGGACUUUGUUGAACAUGUUGGUUUUCCUUUCUCUGUUAUUUAUAUAAAAAUAAUUUAUCAAAAGGAUAUUUUAAAAAAGCUAGUCUGUCUUGAAACUUGUUUACCUUGGAAUUAUCAGAAUCUCAAUGUUUGAAAGUAUUGAAGCACAAACAUGUAUCAUCUCUGUACCGUUCUGUACUAAAGCACUGGAGUCUAAUUAAUAAAUCAAUCAAUCAGCACCAUCAACGGUGUCCAAGAUGA